UUCAAUCGCUGGCGAACUCCAUCAAAAGUGGUGCAACUCAACCCAACUACAGCCGAUGGAACGUUUGCCAAGUUGGUCACCUACAGUACGGCGGGAGCGACAACAGCUCAAGCACUGGUUCAACUACGAUGGUCUCAGCUGCGCCGUCAGCCCAACAUCACCUAUUCAAGCGCCCAGCUAUCAAGCAUCUUUUGAUCCUCCGGGUCCAUGGCCGAGGUGGCUUAUCUCAGCACCAACUUCACGGGCCCCUAUCGGAUCCGGCUUAAGCGGAUCACCCUCGGACAACCUACAGCUCGCGCCAACGUUACACUUUCCGACAGCGUCCGCAGCGGCCAUCGCCCAGCAACUGCAAUCCAAGAUCAACAACAAUGCGCACGAGUACUCGGUGUUUAACAAUUCGUACGGCAGCAAUCAGUGGACUAGCUAGAGUGGUGGUUAUAUUGGCGGCGGAUGUGGCGCCCAGAAUCAUCACGGAGGUCACAAUUAGUUACGGUGUGGUUGGUGGUGGGUAUCACCAUGUGCUUCACUGAGGAUCGCCCACCACU